UUCACCAAAAAAUGGCAAUGAAGUAUUUUUCUCACAUGAAAUUUAUGAAGAAUAUUCAUUGGCUCCGAGCGUCUCUGAACUAUGGCAUUUGUCAAACAGAGAGGCAAAGAAAAAUGUGGAGGCAUUGGCAAACUCUUCAGAAAACAGACAGGCCUGUAGCAUACAAGCUGCAGACCCAGUUGAGGUGGAGGCUAAAAGCACAGCUGACGAUCAUCCUUUUCUAGAACCUAGACUCCCCUAUCCAUUUACUUCUUGUUUGACUGAGAAGGAGCAGAAAACAUACUUAUAUCUCAUGACCAAGUACUCCAAAAAAAUAAACCAUUUUCAGGUUAAUGCAGCAAGUCAAAGAGAAUUGUUCACAUAUCUGCAAAUGAAAGAAGUAGUAAACAAUGAAAUAGCAGAAUUUAUGAAAUUUGCAAAAAACGCUUCAAAAAGCUGCGCCCAAGAUUAUGAUACCAUCUCUGAAGAUGCACUGCGUUAUACUGAGGAAUUAUUACGUGCUUGUAUUGGACAUGUGCAAAAGUAUCCUGAGUUUUACACGCUCCAGGAGAUCAUGAGUAUCAUGGGAGGAAAGUUUCAUACGCAAUUGACCUUUAGGCUGGAAAAAAAUCUUCUUGUAAUGGGUACGGCAAGAUGUGGUAAAACAGAUUUCCCUACCAUGCCUGUCCAACUGCCCACAGAUUAUAAAACUGUUACAUCUAUUAUAACUCCAGAAAAAAAGGCCUCUAUUUUGCACAAUGAUAUUAGUUCAGACUCAAAUGCAGAAAAACUGGCUUUGAAAUACUGUCCUCAAGUUGUUUUAAGUAAUCAAUCAUUAUUUACUUUACUGAAUAAUCAUGGACUAAACUACAAGGAACAAUGGGAAAUUCCAGUUUGUAUUAAAAUGAUCUCUGUUGCAGGUAGCAAACUAGCUAAAGUGGUUUAUGUUGAUUCACCCCUGCUGAGAAAGGAAAUGACAGUGAGAGAGAGGAACCAAAUCUUCCAUGAAAUUCCAUUGGACUUUCUAGCAACUAAAACAUCUUACGUUUCAGUUUCUGAUGUAUCGAUGGACAAACCAGCUGAGGACAGUCUGUUUCAGUGGGAUAUGUCUUCUGAUACCUACCAGUACCGGAGGAUUCCCGUUCCAGAUGACACAGGCAUGGACUUUGAUGAUGAUGUUACACAACUGGAAACUUUUGGAGCAACUGUCAAGCUCUCAAGAACUUCUAAAAUGGAAAGUACUUUUCCUACAGUUAGUAACACUGCUAAAGUUUUAUCACAUGGCCUAAAUAUGGGGAAAAAAAAUACAUCCAUCAUAAACAGUGGAGGUGAGGAAGAGAAAAACACCAUUUCUGAGCAAGAAGUUUCAGCAUCUGCCAGCUUGCAGUUUCCAUCAUUAGAUGGCAUUCUGUGCUUCAGCCCUGAGGAAAAUUCAUCUCCUAAAAGCUUUAAUUCAGAAGAGGUAGGAAUGAACAAAGCACAGCAUGUUGCAAACAAAGAAGCAUCGAGCAAUGAAACGAAAUCAAAUACUCUAUCUAAUGCUGUUAGUUACAAGAAAGAGUCUGACACCGCACAAAAAAAUGAGACUUACACUUCUCUAUGCAGUAGUGACACAGAUGAAGAGCGUUUGGUGAUUGAUACAGAAUGUAAAAACACCGAUUGUUGCGCAACAGCUGUACCAAACACUGUUUCUCAUACCUCAGCAGAGACUACCAAAUCACCUUUCUCCACUCAGAUUCCAAUGACUGAUUGCUCAGAUAUUGUGGAUCAGGGAAAAAAUGCCUCCAGAAAGCCUAUGAGAAAGCUGUCCAAAGAAUUUGAUCCUGUCGGACAGAUUUUGAAAAUGCAAACGGAACUUCUCAAGUCACCUUCCCAAAAAGCUCAUGAGCCACCAGUGGUGAGCUGUGAUAAUUCUAAUGCUGUGCCAGCCCAUGUACCUCAAUCUCCAAAACCACUGGUGACCUCCAGCACAGAAACUCUGUCAGCCCCUUCCUCAAAUCCCAAUGACUCAUCCCGAAAUACCUGGACUUCGCUUUUUCAGGGAGUGCCAAAGAGAAAGCUGCCAAAUGAACUUCAGGUGCUUGAAGAAGACCCUUCAGAGUAUAAAGCACCUCAGGAUGGCAACCUCGUGUAUAAGCUAUUCAGUCUGAAUGAUCUGUUGUUACUUGUGCGUUGCAGCGUGCAAAAAGUGAAGUCAUUGCCACGAUACCAUAAAAAGAAAAAAGCCCAAAAGCUUACUCCAAUAUUCCUGUUGCCAAAACUAGAAUACCAAACCUAUUACGGUGUCGAAGCUCUUACAGAAAGUGAAGUAUGUCAGCUGUGGAUGGAGAGUAUGUUGCAUUCUGGAUGCAUAUUUUAUAUUGGACGUAUUGAUGCUUUUACAUCAAAGCUUAUUAUGCUAGAAAAGAUUUCUCCAGAAAUUUUAAGAGAAAAACUGGGAUUGAUUAAGCCUGCGAAUUCAUUAAAUAUACUUCAUCACAUUUUGAAGAAAGUGUCUGACUUGCAGGAGGGCUCUUACUUAUUGACUCAUGCUGCAGGGGAUUCAUCAGUUGCAAUCUACAAGAGUUCUCUUGACAAGACAACGAGAGCAUCAUAUAACUUACAUAAAGCUCAUUGUGAUCUGCCUACUGUACCUGCCACUCUUUCAGUCCCGUGGGUACCGCUAGAUCCCAGCCUCCCUUUGCCCUAUCACAUGAAUCAUGGAAGAGUUCCAUGCACUUUUCCACCUGCACCUCAGGAAGCCAUGUGGAAACAGAAGAUGACUGGGGUGAAAGGACAAUCGGACACACCCUAUGAGGGAAAGCCAAUAGCUACGGAAACAAAAGGCAAUCCAGCUAAGCCUGUUAGAAAUGAAGGUGUGGCUACAAAGAAGCUGAAGAAGAAUUACUGCAAACAAAGAAUGAUGAAGAAAAAGUGGAAAAUGAAGUAUAACAAAAUGCAACUGAAGUAG